AUGCAGUUCACCACCAUCAUCAUCGCUACCCUGGUCGCCAUUGCCGCCGCCUCUCCUUACCCCGAUGCCUUCGAGAAACGCACUUGCGUUGGCCACUACAAGGUUGCCUGCGAGAAUGGUGGUACCCCUUGCUGUGAUGGAUGGCAGUGCGUUGGUGCUACUGAGUGGAAUGCUGGUGUUUGCAUCCCCUAA